GCUGGCUCGGUGCGGCGGGCGGAGGCGGCAGUACGCAGCGGAGCGGCGCGGCGCAGCCCGGCCCGGCUCGGCUCGGCUCGCCCCUUUCCCCGAGCACCCUCGGCGGCCCCGGCCCGGCUGCAGGCGAGGCCCUGCAGGCCGCUCUCGGCACCGCCGGGCGACUCCCGAGCACGGCCUGCGGUCGCUCUUCGGCGGCGGCGGGGAGCCGCGGCCAGGCGAAGGCUGCGGCGGGGGGAGCAGCCAUGUUGGAGCGGGGAAUAAAGUGACUUUCCUCCGGGAGGGAGCGCGGCCGGCGGAGGCGGCGACACUCGGGGCAGCGAGGAAAGGGGAGUGUGUGGGGGGUGCUCGGCUCCCGGCGGCCGGAUACCGCUCCUGGGCGGAGGAGGAGGGGAAGGAGAGGGGAGAGGAACCGCCCCCGGACCCACAGAGCUCCGGCGCUGCUGUUCCUGUUUGGAACUCUGCUGGUGUGUAUGCUUUUAAUAGCACUGACGAAGGCUGGAGUGUUCAUCUGAAAAGCUUCCUUAAGCCAGACUUAAUAUUGAUAGAAUGAAAAAGUUUAAGAGGAGACUUUCCUUAACCUUGCGUGGAAGCCAGACCAUUGAUGAAUCACUGUCUGAGCUAGCAGAACAAAUGACAAUUGAAGAAAACAGCAGCAAAGAUAACGGUGUGAGUAAUAAUGGAAGGAUCAGCUACAGUAAAGUGCAGCCUAUUGUGAAGAAUGGCAGGCCUCCAACGUCUCACAGCAUGCACUCAUUCCUCCACCAAUACACAGGAUCUUUCAAGAAGCCCCCUUUACGGAGACCCCAUAGCGUCAUAGGGGGCAGCCUCGGCUCCUUCAUGGCAAUGCCCAGAAAUGGGAGCAGAUUAGAUAUUGUUCAUGAAAAUCUGAAAAUGGGGUCAGAUGGUGAAAGUGACCAAGCUUCUGGAACAUCAUCUGAUGAAGUUCAGUCUCCCACAGGUGUUUGUCUCAGAAACCGGAUACACAGACGAAUCUCAAUGGAGGAUUUGAACAAGCGUUUGUCCCUGCCUGCUGACAUCAGGAUACCUGAUGGCUAUCUUGAAAAGCUGCAAAUUAACAGCCCACCGUUUGAUCAGCCAAUGAGUCGACGUUCUCGUAGAGCAUCACUGUCUGAAAUUGGAUUUGGAAAAAUGGAAACCUAUAUCAAGUUAGAAAAGCUUGGAGAGGGUACUUACGCAACAGUUUAUAAGGGGAGAAGUAAAUUAACAGAGAACCUGGUAGCUCUGAAAGAAAUCCGCCUGGAACAUGAAGAGGGAGCGCCAUGCACAGCCAUAAGAGAAGUGUCAUUAUUAAAAGAUCUGAAGCAUGCAAAUAUUGUUACAUUGCACGAUAUUGUGCACACAGACAAGUCUUUGACUCUUGUUUUCGAAUAUCUGGACAAAGAUCUGAAGCAGUACAUGGAUGACUGUGGUAACAUAAUGAGUAUGCACAAUGUAAAGCUAUUUUUAUACCAGAUUCUUCGUGGUUUGGCAUACUGUCAUAGAAGAAAGGUAUUACAUCGAGAUCUGAAGCCACAAAAUCUACUAAUUAAUGAGAAAGGAGAACUGAAGCUUGCAGACUUUGGAUUGGCUAGAGCGAAGUCUGUUCCUACAAAGACUUAUUCCAAUGAAGUUGUCACGUUAUGGUACAGACCACCUGAUGUUCUCCUUGGAUCCUCAGAGUAUUCAACUCAAAUUGACAUGUGGGGUGUCGGAUGCAUAUUUUUUGAAAUGGCAUCAGGAAGGCCUCUUUUCCCUGGCUCGACUGUCGAAGAUGAACUGCACUUAAUUUUCAGACUUCUGGGAACCCCAUGUCAAGAAACAUGGCCAGGCAUUUCUUCCAGUGAUGAAUUUAGAAACUACAACUUUCCUAAGUAUAAACCACAACCCCUCAUCAACCAUGCACCACGGCUAGACACGGAAGGGAUUGAAUUGAUAGCGAAGUUCCUGCAAUAUGAAUCAAAGAAGAGAAUUUCAGCGGAAGAGGCUAUGAAACAUGCGUACUUCAGAAGUCUUGGAACAAGAAUACACACCUUGCCUGAAAGUGUUUCAAUAUUCAGUCUAAAAGAGAUUCAGUUGCAAAAAGACCCUGGCUUUCGAAAUUCCACUUACCCAGAGACAGGACAUGGGAAGAACAGAAGGCAGAGCAUGCUUUUUUAAAGCGGGCGAUGCAGAGUCGAGCCCAAGCCUAUCCUACCAGUCAAGGACUCGGAUCUGAAGGCAGUGCUCUCUCUUGGUGGACUGGGAAUCACAGUUUGUCUACACUGUCCUCUUCACAGUGGAGUCUUUUUAUUUCCAACCUGCAGAUUAUGUUUUUAUAUUUGUUGUCACAGUGUGACAAUUUUUUGUACAGUUGGUUUUAAGGUCUCCUCUGCCACUAGAGCCAGUAGGUUACAGCUGUUGAUGUAACUGUAGCUGCAAUUUUUGUGCAGGACUGAGAAACACAGUGCAUUAUUUAUUGCGGAAUCAUUGCUGCUAAAUAACUACUGUCUGUAUAGUUAACACAACAGUUCCAUGCCUGAAGAAGUUGCAAUGGCUUUAUAAUAUGUGAAUGCAUCUGUUUCUCUUCAUAAAAUGUUCUACUGCUGCGGGGUUUUUUUGUAUUUCUUAAACUGCAGUGUUUCCUGGAAUGUAAACAUAGCUUUGCUUGGCUAUAGGUGAACCAUCUUUAAUGCUCUAAGUUCAUGGCACUUAAUUCUUUAUUUAACAUUGGAAGUAUGUGUUGAAAUAGUUGAAAAAUUAUAAUGCAUAUUAUGUUUUUGAAAAGCACAUGGUGUGAAAGUUGAUUCAAACAAGUGAACAGUAACUAUUGUUUGCUCUCAGAUCCUGUGUUACUUAUUGAUAAAUUAGAGCAUGGGGACUGGAUGAUAAAUUUUGUCAAGCUUACUCCAGCAUAAGAUAUUUGCACGUUGUUGUGCAUAUGGGGCCUGCAGAAGCAAUGACUUUUUUAUCUUGUUUUUAACUUAGAAAUACAAAUAGUAAAAAGAUGAUUCAUAAUAUGUUGGACCCUGGCUUACUUUUGAAAUUUAGAAUUUCAUUACAGAGGAACAGGACAACUAAUUACAAGAACAUGGGAAUAAUGUCACACUUUUCCCACCUUGUUGCUCUCCCAUUUGUGCAUUAUUCACUUGAAAUCAACUGAAAAGGUGCAAGUUUGUACUUGGUAAGAACUCACUAUACUACAGAGCUUUUACAGUGGGAACUUAGAGAGUUUUUCAGAUCUUAGAUGUUAUCUGUUUACCAGAGAUAGUAAACAUGUUACUACUAUGCUUAUGCAUCUCAGUGAGUAUCAUAAGUACACCCUUGGUGAUGGUUACAGUAUUUUUAAGCAUUUGUGUUCACCUUUAUGAACCUAUUUGUUUAGUGCAUCUUAAAGAGACUGUAAAUCUUUAUUGGUAUAUUUUGAAAUGGUCAUGUAAAUCUUUGGCUGGUAUAUCAUGAAAAUAGUCAUAGAUAACUUAAUUUUUCCUGACAUUCACUGUAAAACAUUCAGGGGUCCUACCAUUUCUGUUCAGGAAAUCUUGUAGUUUAUUGUUAUUUAACAGUAUUAAGUGAAUUUUUGUAUAUUUCAUUUUAACUUUAUUUGUGAAUAGUGAUUGUGGCAUGUUUGGGGGUGUUUUAUUAAUAUUUCAUUGAUACUGGUAAAUUUGAAUUGGGAAUUUUUUUUUUUUAUUUUCUGGAAGAGAGAAAUUCAUGUGUAAUGGUGACUAUUGGACCACUACUGCUUUUCAGCAUUUGUAAACCGGUUUUACGUUAAAUCUUGUAGACCUAACAAACUGCUGUUAUUUCUAACUGACCGAACUGUAUUAAUAUUGUACUUUUGAAAGUAUAAAUAUUAUGUGGAAUUCUUCGGUUUUGUUUUGAAAUUUAUAAUAACAAAGGCCCUGUGUUGUUAAAAAUACAGACUAAGUGAACUUGCGGUUCUUGGGGCGUUGUUGGAAAUGUUGAGCUAGAUCUGUGUGUCGUGGGAGUCAUCAGUUUUAACGUUGGCCGCUUACUAAUUCAUGCAACGCAGGAGCAGUGGCAGUGAAAAGUAAUGUGGCUCAUCUGCGACUGAGGCCAUUCAGGAUCUUACAGGAAACGUGGGCCGUGGUCUGAUUUUUAGCCAGCAAGUCCGGCGUGUCUCACGGUAUCAGAAGCCUUGCCCGGGUCUAGGAGCAUCCUGCGUGUCUCGGGUGCACGCGAGGGUCUCCCACUGCUGCCAGCGGGAGCGUGGUGUGUGUGUCAGAGGCAGAUUUGGCACAGAUGGAAAACCUUUGUCCUGAAAUAGUAGUUAUAUAUUUUUUUAUAGUUGCUAUGGAUCUGAUCUAGAUUUUAUACUGAUUAACUUUGUAGGGAAUACGUUGUAGAUGUGAUGGUGUUGAAGAAAGAAGUAUCAGAAAAACAUCAGUUUUUUUACAAAAGUAGUGAAGAUACAGAGGAAAUGUUGACUGUGGAUAAAUGUGGGAUUUAGCAUUUCUAGAACAGUAAUAUUUUAUAGGUCAUAAAAGAACAAGUAAUAAUGUGGCACUAAUGAGGAAAGGACUUAAAGGUUUAACUGGUAAAAUGAAGUGCAUUAACAAAUAUAGAAGGGGAUGAGCUGCAUCUAACGAAAGGAUGUUUCCAUUUUAAGUAGUAAUUCAGGUUUUUUGUUACAGAUGAAAAGACCUUCCAUAAAAGUAAAGCACUCUGUUUAUAAAGAGAUUUUUCUAAGGACCUGCAAGUGAGUCGGUUUGCUUCGUUAGGAGGUAGCUUUAGGAGGUAGCUUUAAAGAAUGUAUUUCUUAAAAAAACUUGGCAUCUGUGCUCAAGCCAGUUUUGGGUUGGGUUUUUUUUCUUGUUAAAAUCAUCUAUAAUUGAAAUUCCUGCAUCAGCAGAGACAGUUCUGUGGCAGCUCCCUGUUUGGGGCAGUAGUCAGCAAAUCUGAGGUCGCUGGGCAUUUCUCUGACACCUUUUUCGUGCAGUGCAGCGUUCUGCCUCCUGUCUGACAGCACCGGGCACUGCCCACUUGCUUUCACUGGCCCCGAGAACUGUAGGGAGUGUUGGCCUUUUGGGGAGACCACCUCAACCGUGGCGAAAACCAAACAGACAGUCACUGGAAUGGAUGACUUCCGAGAUGUGGUACGACAGCCUUUGCUUGAAGAUGAGUGGUCAGUUAAUGAGAAGUGGCCCGCAGGUUGUUGCUGAGGAAGUAAUUCUUUUCCGAAGCUCCCCGGUGUAUCCCGUCUAGCCCGGGGUAAGGGUGUGGAGGUGCGUGUAGGAAAUCGGGUGGGUUUGAAGGCAGGAGAGAGGCAGGAGGUGCCGUGGGUGCGUGCACACGCAGGCGGAGGUCGAAGGGGAGAGAGGGGGGGUGGAGGACGGGGGUUGGCAGGACAGAGCAGGAGAGGAGAGGGGGAAACCGGCUGCUCAGCAAUGCUCUAGUGGAACUCGCAUCUCAACACAGCUGUGUUAUUUUUGUGCUGCUUUACCACAGCAUUAAGUAGCCAGAGUGUAUCCCUGAAUUGGGCAAUAAAAGUUAAAAUAAACAAUUAUUGAAGAAUCAA